UUUGAUGCAAUUCGCAACUCCGUAACAAAGGGGAAGCCCCUAAUUACUGCACAGAAAACAACAGUCCUAGUUCAGUGUGACGAGUCCUUUCUUUGACGCAAGCAGUGUUUACAAUGCGGAGCGUGUAGUUGCCAGCAUGCAAUAACAGACAUACAUAAACGUGAUCCAUCUUCAGCCACUGAAGCCGUUUUGUUCGGAACAGAGACAAAAUGGAACUUAGGAAACCUGAGGCCUUUGUCCUGAUCUUCAUGUUGCUCGUCACGCUGUGCACCGCUGUCAAUCCCACAUCGGCGGGCGACUCUCCAGUAAGCACUGGGGCUUUGUCUCGCAAGAAACGGUACCUUACCUUUCCGCCCGGAAGCAUUUUGCAGCUUGGCUACUGUUUGACAAUACCGGCCAUCAUCCCUGAUGGUAUUUGGACCUACGGAAUUACUUUUGGUACAAAUUGGGAGAUUCCCACUGACCCAGUGGGGCUGAAGGCCCCGAAAGAUGCCGAAGUGGUGCAUCGGAGACAGAGGCGGGAUUUAUACCAGAAGCUACGGCCCAUGAUGGACACGAUGGGUCUGGAUGGGGACUCAUGCAUUUUGCGCGCACUCUGCGAGUCAGGUCAACGCCCACAGGGAUCCAAAGGGUCCUUCCUAGAAGAGAUUCUUCAUAUUAUAUUCACAUUACCACGAAGCAAACUUUCGAGCGAUUCAGCCGAUGACGACUUAAAGAAAUACGACGCUGCGUACAAAACGAAGGCAGAUUGCGCUGUGUUAUUCCCUUCUUGUCUCAAGGACCUGGAUGUGUCCUGAUGCAGCUGCACAUAAAAGGAUACGAAUUCCUUACGAAAAGGAAUGCUUAAAAUUUUUGCCAUCGUGGCUACCGAGACAAGUCGUGACCGUCUCAUCGUCAAGAAGUUUCGAACUAUUCCAAAGAACACAGUUGAGAUGGUAUCAUGAAUAUACCACAAACCCUCCUACAAAAUUAAUGCACAGAAAGGUACAAGAAUAAAUAUACGAACAUAACAAGGAACGAAAUAUGCAACAAAAUAAUAUUAACGCUGUGCGUAAUAAAUCAUUUAAAAUGAAGCGACAACAACU